AUGGGUCAGCAGGGUCAACAAGGCCAAUGUUCUGGCAGACGGCGAGGUGCAGGUUCUAUUCAUCAACUCCCACAGUCAUUGCCAAUGAUGGAGCAACAAAUGCUUCCAAGGGGACGUGUCUACCGAUACCCUCCUCCUGGUUGCAACCUGCAAGGUAUUCCGCUGCCAGGAGUAACAGGAGGAACACCCAUUCAGGCUCUGGCUACAGCCCUUGCAAAUGCUCCUCCUGAACAACAGAGGACUAUGCUUGGUGAAGUUUUAUACCCGCCAGUAGAAAAGAUUGAACAUGGUGGAGCUGCAAAGGUUACUAGGAUGCUUUUGGAAAUGGAUCAGCCUGAGGUGUUUCAUCUGAUCGAGUCACCAGACGCUCUAAAGACUUAA